AUGCCUACCUCAAUCCUCAACCGCCUCCCAAACGAAAUCCAAGACAUGUUCUUCGGACUUCUGGACCUGAGUUUCAGGGGACAAUACAAGUACCGCAUGCCCCCUAUAAUCGUCGCUCUCCGUUCCGAGAAGGGCGCCGCCUACUACCGGGCUCUGGCCAUGUUUCUCUCCUUGAGACAGACGUUUGUCCUGCACAGCGACAACGACUAUUGUUUCGGGGACAUGAAGAAGAACGCUAUUCUGGGCAUCACAAAGCUCGAGCUCUUGGUCUCGAUCGACUCCCCACCAGCCUACGUGUUCUGGCCCCGCAACCCAUCCGCCGCCUCCGUGGUUAACGUGCGCGAGGUUACCAUCAAGUGCGUGGAGACGUAUUGGAGUCCGCCCCCCUCGCGGUGCUUCUUCCGCAUCUUCACGCAGUACCUGCUGCUGUUCAAGAGCCUGGAGAAGGUGACCGUCAUGUUCCCAGCUACCAUGUACCGGGACACAUAUAAUGAACUUCUGCCGAUGGCAAUUAGGACGGGGAAUAGGGACCUGGGAACUAAGGCAAAGUUGCUCGAGGUGCCGGUUAUUGAGGAGCUGAAGGAGCGCUGGCGCACGUCGCAGCCGAGGGAACGGACUUGGAUUUGGAUGGCGAAGGAGGGAAAGUUCUUGAAGAAAGUUCGGAGAGUUUGGUUUGUUGAUCCGUGA